CGCACCCAAAGCCCAGAAGCUGUCCAGUCAAGCCCCACCAAUGGUGAAGCAAAGCCAGUACUGUCGAAAACUCAACAGAAGAGGCUGUUGAAGGCGCAACGAUGGGAAGCGGGCAAGGAAACUCGAAGAAUCCAGCGACGAGAAAAGCAUAAGGCCAAACUGGCACGAAAGGUUGAGCAAAAAGAAAUGGCACAAGAGUUAGGACUCCAUGAAGAUGAUCAACCAGAUGCCGAAGCCCAGAAGAAGACUCUCCCGAGAAGACCAAUCCAGACUCCGAUAGGUAUGAUUUUGGACUGCGAUUUUGACGAAUUGAUGUCAGAGAAAGAGAUCAUCUCGCUGGGAGCCCAAGUCACAAGAUGCUAUUCCGAGAACAAGAAUGCUCCUUAUAGAGCUCACAUGGCUGUUAGUUCUUUCGGCGGAAGAAUGAAGGAGAGAUUCGAGACCGUUCUCACUCGCAAUCACGAAAACUGGAAGGGAGUCACUUUUCACGAAGACAAUUUCAUGGCUGCUGCUGAGAAGUUGAAUGCCAUUAUGCAAGGUCCCGAAGGCGGAGAACUGGUUGGCGCCCUUGAUAACUCUAUUCCCGGCGUGGAGAAAGGUGCAGAGAAUGGGGAAGCAGACGAAGGAGAGUCGAAGGAAGAGGGUCCAAUCUCGAUCGUCUACCUCACCUCCGACUCUGAAGAAAUCCUCACCAAGCUAGAGCCAAACACAAGUUAUGUCAUUGGCGGCAUUGUCGACAAGAAUCGCUACAAAGGCCUCUGCUAUAGACGAGCACGUGCACGAGGUAUCAGAACAGCUAAGCUACCAAUUGCCCAGUACAUGACCAUGGCAGGCCGAAGUGUUCUGGCAGUCAAUCAUGUGAUGGAGAUCAUGCUGAAGUGGUUGGACACUGGUGAUUGGGGAGAAGCUUUCCUGAGUGUUAUCCCGAAGCGAAAGGAGGCUAAGCUGAAG